CCUGAUUGGCUUCCUGUUCCUGAGGGGGGCGGGACGGCCAUGGCUGCGGCGCCGAGCGUGACGGAGCGGUACUUCACGCGCUGGUACAAGACAGACGUGGGGCAGCCCCGCGAGGACUACUGCAUCCUGCAGCACUCCAACAGAAUCUGUGUCAUCACUCUAGCAGAAUCUCAUCCUGUUCUUCAAAAGGGAAAAACUAUUAAGAAUAUUAAUUACCAAGUUACUGCUCACUGUAGCAGACUUCAAAAUAAGGUCUCUGGGAAGUCAAAGCGGGGUGCCCAGUUUUUAACAGCACUUGCCCCUCUGUGUAGGAUAUCUUGUUCAGAUGGAGAAGAAUAUACUAUACAUAGUUGUAUAAGAGGUCGGUUGAUGGAAGUAAAUGAAAACCUUCUUAAUAAUCCAGCUAUUCUGCAAGAGAAGCCAUCUACUGAAGGGUACAUUGCAGUGGUACUGCCAAAAUUUGAAGAAAGCAAGAUCGUAACUCAGGGACUUUUGACACAGGAGGAAUAUGAAGGAAUCUUGUUGCAUCGUCUUAAUUCCAGCUCCUGAAGUUAUUUCUACCUGAACGCACAGAUGUCCGAUUUAUGUUCUGUAACAUUUGUAAUGUACGAAAGUCCACUUCCAAUAUAUCCCAUAUUGAAAUGAGCUGACACUUGUUAACAUGAAAAGCUAGAGGUUGCACAGACCUAAUGCUAGAGAUGGAAAAUGUCAGUUUCUUUAAGCAGAAUUAUUUUUUUAAAUGCAUUUCAACAACUUUGUUCAACGCUUCAAUUUUGUACAGCGACAAAAAACUAAAAAAAAUUCCAUGAUGUAGUCUGUGUUUGUUCUGAGGGUUCAGUGUAAAUAAAACUUGUUCCUUAAUUUCUUUAA